GCCAUUCCACCAACGGCCGGGACACGUGUAGGCCACGUGUGGCCCAUCCGUAUCAGCUGGUUUCCCCACCAACGGAUGGCAAGGUCGAGCCUCGUCCAACUGCGGUACAAUUGGGGCAGACGCUCUCGCUAAGCAGUAGAGCACUGAGCCUCAUGCAUACCACAUGAGCAACACCAGGAAGGACAGUCAGACUCCCGUCACUCCUCUCCAAAACGAUGAGGAGUGGGAGCUUGUGCCACCCGAUGGUGGAUGGGGCUGGCUGAUAUUGGGAGGAACUUUACUUAUAAACAUGCUUAUUCCUGGUACAAUAAAAUCAUUUGGCGUUCUCUUUGUCGAAUUUAUUGAAGUGUUUGAAACCACACCUGUAAUCGCAUCAUGGAUACCUGCAUUGUGCUACUUCCUUUAUUGCUCAACUGGACCUCUGACAACAUACUUAUCUAUAAAAACAUCAUACAGGACCGUCACAAUUGCUGGUGGUCUCUUUGCCGCAUUUGGCAUGAUACUUAGUUGUUUCGCAACGUCGAUUAUUUAUUUAUAUUUUAGCUUUGGAGUAAUGGUGGGAUUUGGAGCUGGUCUUUCUUUUCCUCCAGGAAUAUACCUUGUCACAAAUUAUUUUGUGAAGUAUCGAGGAUUUGCCAACGGACUAGCAAUAUCAGGGAGUGCCAUCGGAUCAAUCAUAUUCCCUCCAUUUAUUCGAUUUCUAUUAGAAAAAUACGGUUACAGAGGUUCAGUACUCAUUAUGGGUGGAUUGACAUUCAACGUGAUAGUCGGUGCUCUUGUUUACCAUCCAGUGUCUCAGCACAUGAAAAGAGUCCGGGUGAGGAAGGACCCUGCAAUCGAAUCAAAAUUAAAUGGAGCCGAUGAAAAAUCAGUUGUGGAUGUUUCACCAACCAGCCCGGAAAGGAAUGGUGACACAGUCAUUAUGAUGAAAAGUAAUAGUAAAGUGGAUCAAGAAUCGGAGCAACCUUUGUUAACUGCGAGUGAACACAGGAAACUGAGUUCAGGCACAGGUUUCAAAAAGUCUUUGGUCAAUUUGGAUUCAGUGCCUUCCGUUAGAAAGGUCAGCUCAAGCUCAUAUGCUGGAAGAAUGUAUAACAUAGGAAGUUCGGGACAAAUAAAUAGGAAGAUUAGCACUUAUGCCACUCCUAUGUCGGUUGGCAGUACAGGCCAAAUGUCAAGAAACUACAGUGUCGCAUCCAACAUGUCAGGUUCAUCAUUCAGAUAUGUCAGCACGGCUUUUCACGGGAGCACCCUUGUUGGUCUACAUCCAGAGUAUUCUUCAAAUUUAAACAUGAAAAAGACAAAACAGACUUCUUGGUUUAGUUGCUGUACAAAGAGCCCUGAAAAAACUAAAAAAGAAAUAACAGAAGAAAAACCCUCUGUUAUAAAAACUCUUUUAUCCAAUCCAAUGUUUAUAAUUAUUCUUAUCUCUAAUGCUACUAAUGCAAUUGGAUAUGUAAAUUUUACUAUUUUGGUUCCAACUUAUGCAAUUUCAAUGGGGUUUGACAAAUCUAAGGCUUCCUACUUGCUAUCUAUUAUUGCGUCUACAGACUUAGUCGGGAGAAUUGGCGGUGCUGCAUUGUCAGACAUAUUAAAAGUAGACAAACGGAUAUAUUUUGUCGGUGGAUACUUGAUGUCCGGUAUUGCCUUGGUUACUCUUCCAUUAGCAAUGUCAUACACAAACGUCGGUAUUCUUUGUGCCAUGUUUGGUCUGGCUUCAGGGACUUAUGUUGGAAUAACAACAGUAAUAAUGGUUGAUAUGCUUGGGGAAGAAAUGUUAGCCUCAAGUUAUGGUACUUCAUUGUUUGUGAAUGGCAUCUUGCAAUUAAUCGGGCCACCGAUUUGUGGAGUACUUUUUCAACAGUUAAACGCAUAUGCUCCUAUAAUCAGUGGACUAGGAGUCACGCUAAUAAUUGGUGCAGCUGUGUGGGGUCUUGUUCCUUUUAUUAAACAAAAAUAAGAUAAAGAAGAAAAUGAAUGGUUAAAAAGGUGCUGAAACAAAUAACGGGCAAAUCUAUUUUUUGUUCCUCGUUUUGUUUUUAUUAUUGAUUUAUUUUACUUGUAAAUAAUCAUACCAGUAUUUAAAUCAUUUAUU